UAAGUCUAUUUCGUAAUAAUCGUCUUACCACUUGUAUUUCUUCCACGGAUAUUGUGGAAGAAAUUAUUUAUUAAAUUUGGCCGAAAUUCCAAAUUCCCCGUGAAAAAAUAGUACAAAAUGACCAUUACCAACGACGUAGUUCUACCUGAAGAGUCAGAAUUGACUGUGCAAGAAGUAAAUUUAUCUACACCUACUUUAAUCGCAGGAUCUUUCCACUUAGGAAAAUAUUGUGAACAAGUUAAUAAUGAAUACAUGCUCUGCCGCGCUGAGGAGAAGGAUCCUCGCAAGUGCAUCAAUGAAGGCAAAGCCGUCACCGCCUGCACUCUGGAAUUCUUCCGGAAGGUGAAAGGCUCUUGCCUCGCUGAGUUCAACCAAUAUACGCACUGCAUUGAUAAGAGUUCCGGAGAUAUGAGUUUGGAGUUCUGCCGCAAAACUCAGGGUGUGUUCGAUAAAUGCAUGUUGGAUAAACUUAACAUACCUCGUCCAUCAUUUGGUUACUUCACCGAGGCUAGAGUUCAUGACACCAAGAGACCAAAGCCCAUCGAAGAGCCCAAGGCCGUGUAUCCAGACGCGACUCCAGCUUUGCCGGAAAAUUACGAGAAAAAAAGCGCGCGAUUUGGCGGUCGUUUCUAUUGGAUGACAGAUUAAAUUGGAAAUAUCAAGUACAUUUGUUAGGCAUUAUUCAUCGUGUUUUUUUAUUUAAUAUAUGUAUUAAAAUAAAACCGAAACCAACACACUGUACUUUUUUACUAUAUAACAAUUUUUUUUUAAUUUUUCUAUCAUAUUUUAUCUGUAUGGAAAUGUCAAAUGUCAGCAAGUGUACUUUGAAAAAGUAUAGAAUAUCGUUUUGUCCUUUUCACUCAUACGUAAUAACUAAUACGUUAGAAUGGGACAAAACGAUAUUUUCAUACACGAAAUAGAAUUUUCCUUUUAAAGUAAGACAUUAGAGCAUUUUAUUUAUAAUCAAGUUAAAAAUUAUUUUACGCUACUGCCUUGUUGAGUUUUCUAAUGUUUUACUUUAAUCAUGUUUCAUUAGAUAUUUAAAGUGUAGAUAAUAAAAUGUUGAAAUUA